GUCUGAUGUUACCCCUGUCCAGAAGGUCGUGCAGUUGCUCGAGAACAUGAAAGACAAGGGCGUCAAAGAGAUGGAGGCUGAGCAGGUCCAGUUCACGGAGUUCAAGCAAUUCUGUGACAUGACCCUGGCCGAGAAGAAGAAGUCUAUCAGCGAUGCCAGCGACAAGUUGGAGUCUCUGCAGGCCGACAUUGAAUCCUCGGCGGCUGAGGCCGAGCGCCUCACUGGCGAGAUCGCUGGCCAUGCGACAGACAUUGAGACCGCCAGCGCAGAGAAGGCCAACGCCACCAGCAUCCGGGAGAAGGAGCGCACGGAUUUCCUGGCGGCCCUCAAGGACUACACUGAGUCCAUUGAUGCCAUCCGCAGAGCCGUCAAAGGCCUGAAGGAGGAGGACAAGAAGACAGCCCUUGUGCAGCUCACACGCGCUCGCGGCAGCAAGCUGCUUCCCAGCUCUGCAGCAGACAGCAUCGACGCGUACCUUAACAGGAACGCUCCCACUGCCACCAAGUCCAGCCUUGUCAUGCAGCAGGUCAAGUCCGACAAUUCAGGAGCCCAGGAACCUAAGACCUACGAGUUUCAGUCGGGAGGUGUGAUCAGCAUGCUUGAGAGCCUAGAGGAGAAGUUUGUCGACGAGAGGGUGAGCCUUGAGAAAGAGGAGCAGGCGAAGCGCCAUGCUUUCGAAAAGCUCUCCCAGAGCCUGGAGACGAAGCUGACCCAGUCCAAGAAGGAGCAGCAGGACAAGAGCCAGUUCAAGGCGAAGAAGCUGCAGAGCAAGGCUACCGCAGAGGGAGACCUCGAGGAGACCAAGACCGAGAAGGCUUCAGAUGUGAAGUACUCCACAGACCUGGAG